AUGAAGAUAUCUCGUAGGGAGCUCCGAGUGCUUCUGCUUCAUGAAUUCCGUUUGGGUCGCAAAGCAACGGAAGCAACAAGCAACAUAUAUGGCACGAUGGGCAAGGAUGUACUCUCCAUCCGUGCAACGCAACAUUGGUUCAACCGAUUCAAGAAUGGUAACUUCGAACUCGACGAUUUACCUCGUUCCGGAAGACCACUAGAGGUGGAUACGGAUGUCUUAAAGCAGCUUAUCAAAGAAGAUCCUAGAUUGACUACACGGUGUUUAGCAGAGCGGCGUGGGUAUUCUCAUACUGCAGUAGAAAAGCAUCUGAGCGAAUUAGGCAAGACGUCGAAAUAUGGAGUUUGGAUACCACAUGAUUUGUCACCACAUCAGUUCCAACACAGGGUUGACGCAUGUAUGGAAUUAAUGACAUCUCACCGCAACUACCAAUGGCUCCGUAAUCUUAUUACCGGCGAUGAAAAGUGA